AUGGCUCAACAACCCGACGGGGAUGCCUUGGUCUCUUCCCCAUGGACAAGAUCCCUACUCUCCGGUGCUGUCGCUGGUCUCACAGUGGACUGCUCCCUAUACCCCCUUGACACAAUCAAGACCCGACUCCAAAAAGCACGCGACCCCAGCGCACCUCAAGUUCCCCGCCCAUCCCUCCGCCAAGCCAUCCGCGGUAUCUACGCCGGCCUUCCCUCUGUUCUAUUUGGCUCUGCUCCUUCGGCAGCCUCAUUCUUUAUCGUCUACGAUGGCGUAAAACGCUCCCUUCUCCCUCCAGGCUCCACCGACACUCCCUCCCGUGCUCAUACCAUCUUUACCCACUCCAUCGCCUCCUCGCUAGGUGAAAUCGCCGCUUGCGCCGUGCGGGUGCCCACAGAAGUUAUCAAGCAGCGCGCACAGGCCGGUCUCUUCGGUGGCUCAAGUCUCCUCGCCCUACAAGAUAUUCUAUCCCUGCGCCAUGCGGCUCCAAAAUGCGCCACGACCCAGCCUCCUGCCGCCGGGACCAACGCGUCUGUUAGUUCUGGCCCUACAAAUCAACUGUCGAUGAAACGGGGAUAUGGACAGGUUGUCCGGGAGUUGUACCGUGGCGCAGGAAUCACCAUUGCCCGUGAAAUUCCCUUUACUGUCCUUCAAUUCACGAUGUGGGAAUCCAUGAAGGAGGCUUACGCGAAGCGAUACCUUCGGCCUGCGUCUUCGGCUGCGAAUCCCAAGUCCUUGGCCGAGACUCAGAUCCCGGCGUCCACGAGUGCCAUGUUCGGCAGCGUUGCUGGUGCUAUUGCGGCGGGUCUAACCACCCCGUUGGAUGUGAUUAAAACCCGUGUCAUGUUGACCCGUCGUGAGGACGGUGGGAAUGCCCCGGUGCGGGUCAAAGACAUUAUCCGUGGAAUUGCGCAGGAGGGCCCAGGUGCAUUCUGGCGUGGAAUUGGGCCAAGAGUAGCAUGGAUUGGCAUUGGGGGUGCGGUGUUCUUGGGUAGUUACCAGUGGGCAUCCAAUACACUAGAGGGGAGAAGAGAACAGGAACGGGACUAA